GCCUGCAACUGCCUCCGCGACACUCCUCUCCUGUCCAACUCACUCGUGGACACUCACAUCUUGCAUCUGCGGUCUCACUCGUUCCUCGACACCGCUCUGGCUCGCCUGUGCACAACCCAGGGCUACCUGCAGCUCUCUCUCUCUCUCUCUUUCUCUCUCUCCCCUGAGGAACGCCCGUCGGCUGCCGCGGCCGCUUGCCGCUCUGUGCUUCGCUCCAACAAACGUCGGCCCCCUUCAAACCUGCCCUCGCUGACAACCGCACCACACUUCCCGAACGGCCCUCGACCUGCUCUCGGCUACCUACCGACCUCUCGACGAACGAUUGCGACCCCGAAAGACUGCUCCUGCGACGCUUCGGGGCAGUCUUGCCCCCCUCCGCUUGCUCUUGGGCGGUCCUUCCCGCAAGGGCGUCUGCUCGGGUAGACAAGGCUCCAGGAGGGAAGCCGGUUGUUGCGCUCUUGCUUCACACCCGAUUCCUGCUUCAAGAUGGUGCUCAAGUUGCCCGAAGCGGGCCUGGAGCUCGAGAGUUCGGCCAGGUCCAUGGCCGCUCUCCCGCUCCAAGCCUUUGCCAUCACCCUCGACGACGACAUCCUCGAGGACAUGAUUGAGAGCUUCCAGAAUGGCAAGGGCAUUGAGUUGUCUCUGGGACAGAAUCCGGCAUUCAUCUACGGCUCCGAGACACACCAGCUCAAGCGUACCCCCGAUUCGUUCUCCUACGACAUAUACGUGACAGAUCUCAAGGCCCCGACCACGGCAGAUCUGCUCCCAAAUCCCACCAUGCCCAUCUUUCGGAACCCGGCGCUAAACAAGCUGCGGUAUACCGCUCCGCUCUCCGGUCGCGCUGCUAGCGAAGAGGACGGAGACGAUGUCCUGGAGAUUGUGAACCACCCAGAUUACCAGUCGAAGCCUUCCAAGUCAAGUAGCUCGACAUUGCAGCCCAACGCGCUCAAGAACCUGCCGGGUGCCAAGAAGACGGUGGUUUCCGCCAAGAGUGGCGCCUUCACAAUGUCGACCUCUGCCCUCUCCCGUGCGUCUAGCCCCGCCCUUAGUAUGGUCGGCUCGCCCCUGGAGUCAUCGGUCGAAUCAGCUUCGCAGCAGAAAGUCAAGGGCGCAAGGGAGUUGAGGGCACCCAUCACCCACUGGUUGGCUGUCCGAGAGAUGACAUAUGACGAGCUAUGGGAGAAAUGGGGUGGUUCUGAGGAUUCCAAGAAGGACUUCCGUGGCAUUCUGGAUAAGGUGGCCGAUGUGGACAAGAGCACGGGAAAAUACACCAUGAAGAAGAUGUUCUACAAAGAGCUGGACAUCUGGAAGCACGACUACGACUCGGAUGCGGACCGGCAGCUCGCCAUCGACAACACCGCUAGAUGGUACGACCGCCUGAGGAUAGGCUCCACAGAGCCCAUGUGGCAGAAGCUGCUGCCGUUCGACGAGAGAGGAAAGGGAAAGAGCCUGAGCAAGCUUCAGGCCACUCUUGCCAAGGGCCCAAAAACAAUGACAUCGACGCCCAAGAUCAACGUCCAGAAGGCCGACGACAGCGCCAGCGCCGUCGCUUCCCCUGGCAGCAGGGAUGACGAAACCCGUUCGCUCAACGGCUCCGAGCCCAUGUCGAGAUCAAGCUCACAGACCAAGGCAACAAAGAAGACGGUUCCGGAUCUGAGCGUAGCGGCCGUCAAGAAACCCGCCGCCCCCAAGAAGGUAGCGACCCCGAAGGUCUCCCCAGUCAAGUCUGCUGUCGUACCGAAGCCGGCGGCGAAACCAACCAACAACGGUGGAAGAGGCCCUCUAUCAAAGGAGCUCAUAAGCGACUCGGAUGAUUCUAGCGAGGAGAUUCCUCUGUCUCAGCAAGUCAAGCAACAGGUCAAGAAGCAGCAACCAGCUGUGGCCCCGAAGCCGGCCGUGGCUCCCAAGCCUGCUGCAGCCCCGAGACCAGCCAAGGUCUCGGCUGUUCGAGCUCCUGCGGCCGUGGCGCCCAAGGCGAAGGCGCCCCUGGUCAAGGAGUCUACUGAGCCACAGAUCACGGCUCGUCCGAUGAAGCGGUCGCGGGACGAGGAAGACAGCAGUUCCAGCUCGGGGGCAACGCCGCUCAACAAGAAGCCUAAGGCGAGGGAUCCCCCCAAGGACGCGGCCGCUAUUGCCAAGGAUGUUGCUGCCGGAAGCAGGCCAAAGGAUGUGCCAAAGCAGGCAGGAAAGUUGAAGGACCAGAGGCGGGAACCCAAGCCGAUACCAACCGCGGCCCCGACGUCCAAGGCCCGCGCUCCCGAGGCCAACGGCAGCCAACCGCCGUCACGUGGAACGACGGGCUCCAAUGGUUCAUCGAACCAGGCCAAGCCCAAGACCACGUCGCCUCCAAAGUCGUCGCCUCUUGCGUCAUCGCCACCGACGAAUGCAUCCGACAUCGACCCUGCCGAGGAGGCUCUGAUCGCAAGCGCCAACGAUAGGAAGCGCAAAGCGGCGGACGCCUACAACGACUCGUCCUCGAGCGGUAGCAGUGCCGCGGGUUCCUUGCCCAGGGUCAAGCGCCAGCACCAGCAACCGCAGCAGCCGGCCAGCAGCGGCAUGGGCGGCAGCAAGCUCCCAGAGAGCGUCAUGGACACGGCGCGCAGGUUCAAAACGUACUACGAGAAGUACGAGCAGCUCCACUACCAGCUUCUGGGGGAUGACAAUCCGGAGCAGAAGCAAAUUUCGACCUUGACCAAGAUGCGUAACCGCCUCGAGGAAAUGAAGAGGGAGAUCUAUGCUGGCACGCGCCGCGGCCGGAACACCUCGGAGAGCGACGGCGUGGAUCGGAGAUGAUCCUGCACGGGACAUGACCUUGGGAAGGGAAGGGGAAGGCCCUUGACUGAGGAUCCCUUGGGCUCUGCACAGGAUAAAUGGGUAUUGGCUGGUGUUUCUCUGGGCAUGAAAAUGGCAUUUUGCUCGGAGUUGUUCUUUUGCUUUUUCUUCUUCAUUCCCCUUUUCUUUUUCUGCGUUUCUGCAUGUCCUUUCCCAUGCUUGUCCGUGGUCAUUUCAUCCACACCCCAAUAUUCCCCCCGCGUUUUCAACUAUCACCUUUUCCCUUGGCUUUUCACCCCUCCUUUUCUUAUCAGGUUCUCAGACAACGACAUUUACGAUACCAACGAUCCAUCCCGGACGGCACCCAGACAGACAGUCAUUGCAUUUUCAAGAGAAAUCGGGAGCACGUCCAGGGGAGACUGCUCUGAGCGGCACAAAGUUGUGCGAAAAGAAGAGGAAGAAAAGGUUCCAGCAAAGUUAUCAACACAAGUACGCCCGAGUUACUCUCGGGACUUUCGGUAGAUGGCUGUCGAAUCAAAACAAUUUCAAUCACGAAUCUGGUGACACGAUCUGG